AUCGGUGAAAAGGUCCAAGGUGAAAGGUCAGGAUGACGACAGUAGCCGCGGAAUAUGAACACAUGGAGAUCACGCAGCAGUACAGUAGCGGCGACACGGUCAACAACCGCUGGGAUGAAGAGUGGGAUAACGAGAACAGCUCGGCUCGCCUGUUCGAGCGCUCGCGCAUCAAGGCCCUGGCAGAUGUACAAUUCACCGAGCCGGACUCUGGUUACCCCGCUCAGGUGGCUUUCAACUACAACAUGUUAGAAGGGCGCUUUAAACAGCUUCAAGAUGAGCGCGAAGCGGUGCAGAAGAAGACCUUCACCAAAUGGGUGAACUCUCACCUCUCCCGGGUGUCCUGCCGCAUCACGGACCUGUACAGGGACCUGAGUGAUGGACGCAUGCUCAUCAAACUGCUGGAGGUGCUCUCUGGGGAGAAACUGCCCAAGCCCACCAGGGGACGGAUGCGUAUCCACUGCCUGGAGAAUGUGGACAAGGCCCUGCAGUUCCUCAAGGAGCAGAGGGUCCACCUGGAAAACAUGGGCUCACAUGACAUCGUCGACGGCAACCACCGCCUCACCCUGGGCCUCAUCUGGACCAUCAUUCUCAGGUUCCAGAUCCAGGACAUUAGUGUUGAGACUGAUGGAGACAACAAGGAGAAGAGAUCAGCCAAGGAUGCCCUGCUCCUCUGGUGCCAGAUGAAGACUGCUGGCUAUCCAAACGUGAACAUUCACAACUUCAGCACCAGUUGGCGAGACGGCAUGGCAUUCAAUGCCCUCAUCCAUAAGCACAGGCCAGACCUGAUUGACUUUGACAAGCUGAAAAAGUCCAAUGCCCACCACAACCUGCAGAAUGCCUUCAAUUUGGCUGAGCAGCAUCUGGGGCUUACCAAGCUCCUGGACCCAGAGGAUAUCAGUGUGGACCACCCCGAUGAGAAGUCUGUCAUCACAUACGUGGUGACAUACUACCACUACUUCUCCAAAAUGAAGGCCCUGAAAGUGGAGGGGAAACGUAUUGGGAAGGUACUAGACAAUGCCAUUGAGACAGAGAAGAUGAUUGAGAAGUACGAGUCUCUGGCCUCAGACCUGUUGGAGUGGAUCGAGCAGACCAUCAUCAUCCUCAACAAUCGCAAGUUUGCCAACUCUUUAAACGGGGUGCAGCAGCAGCUUCAAGCCUUCAACACAUAUCGCACGGUUGAGAAACCCCCUAAGUUUACUGAGAAGGGCAACCUGGAGGUGCUUCUGUUUACCAUCCAGAGCAAGAUGAGGGCAAACAAUCAGAAAGUCUACAUGCCCAGGGAGGGCAAACUCAUCUCUGACAUUAACAAGACCUGGGAGAGACUGGAGAAGGCAGAGCAUGAGCGGGAGCUGGCUCUGAGGACAGAGCUGAUUCGACAGGAGAAACUGGAGCAGCUGGCUCGCCGCUUUGACCGCAAGGCUGCCAUGAGGGAGACCUGGCUGAGUGAGAACCAGCGCCUCGUCUCACAGGACAACUUUGGCUUCGACCUUCCAGCGGUGGACGCGGCCACCAAGAAGCACGAGGCCAUCGAGACGGACAUUACGGCUUACGAGGAGCGUGUGCAGGCCGUGGUGUCCGUCGCUAAGGAGCUGGAGGCAGAGAAAUACCACGACAUCAAACGAAUCGCAGCACGCAAGGACAAUGUGAUCCGGCUGUGGGAGUACCUGCUGGAGCUUCUGAAGGCGAGGCGCCAGCGCCUGGAGAUGAACUUGGGUCUGCAGAGGGUCUUCCAGGAGAUGCUUUACAUCAUGGACUGGAUGGACGAGAUGAAGAUGAUGCUACUGUCCCAGGACUAUGGGAAGCAUCUGCUCGGAGUGGAGGAUCUCUUGCAGAAACAUGCCCUGGUGGAGGCUGACAUCGGCAUCCAGGCCGACCGAGUCAAAGCUGUCAACAACAAUGCUCAGAAGUUUGCCAUCGACGGCGAUGUUUACAAGCCCUGUGACCCUCAGGUAAUACGCAACCGCGUGGCACACAUGGAGUUCUGCUAUCAGGAACUGACCCAGCUGGCUGCCGAGCGACGGGCCCGCCUGGAGGAGUCCCACCGCCUCUGGAAGUUCUUAUGGGAGAUGGCCGAGGAGGAGGGCUGGAUCCGUGAGAAGGAGCAGAUCCUGUCGUCGGACGAGAGCGGCAAGGACCUGACGGGCACUGUGCGCCUGCUGAGCCAGCACCGCGCUCUGGAGGACGAGAUGAGUGGCCGUGCAGGUCAUCUGCAGCACACCAUCACUGAGGGCCAGGCCAUGGCCGACGGCGGCCACUUCGGCGCUGCCAAGAUCCGUGAAUGCAUCACCAACCUGCGGGCACAGUGGGCAGCGUUGGAGGAGCUGGCAGCCGUGAGGAAGGCCCAUCUGGAAGAAGCGUGUGCCCUGCACCUGUUCCAGGCGGACGCAGAUGACGCCGACGCCUGGACCCUGGAUGCCCUGCGCAUCGUGUCCAGCGGCGAGGUGGGCCAUGACGAGUUCUCCACACAGGCCCUGGUGCGCAAACACAAGGACGCCACCGCCGAGGUGGCCAGCUAUCGGCCGGUGAUCGAUGCGCUCCAUGAGCAGGCUGGCGCCUUGCCUGAGGAGCAGGUCCAGUCGGAAGAGGUCAAGGGCCGCCUGGCAGGCAUAGAGGAGCGCUACAAGGAGGUGGCCGAGCUGACCCGGUUGAGAAAGCAGGCACUGCAGGACGCCCUGGCCCUCUACAAGAUGUUCAGCGAGGCGGACGCCUGCGAGGUGUGGAUCGAUGAGAAGGAGCAGUGGCUCAACAGUAUGGAGAUCCCAGAGAAGCUGGAAGACCUAGAGGUCAUUCAGCACAGGUUCGAGAGCCUGGAGCCUGAGAUGAACAACCAGGCGUCACGCGUCGCUGUUGUGAACCAGAUCGCCAGGCAGCUGAUGCACAAUGGACACCCCAGUGAGAAGAACAUCAAAUCCCAGCAAGAUAAGCUCAACAACAGAUGGAGCCAGUUCCGGGAUCUGGCAGACCAGAAGAAGGAGUCUCUAAUCUCGGCGCUGGGUGUGCAGAACUACCACCUGGACUGCAACGAAACCAAGUCAUGGAUCCGCGAGAAGACAAAGGUCAUCGAGUCCACCCAGGAGCUGGGCAACGACCUGACGGGUGUCAUGGCGCUGCAGCGUAAACUCACUGGCAUGGAGCGUGACCUGGCUGCCAUCGAGGACAAGCUGGGCGACCUGCGCGGCGAGGCAGAGCGGCUGGCCGGCGAGCACCCGGACCAGGCCAAGGCCAUCAAGGACCGCCUGGCCGAGAUCACCGCCGUGUGGGAGGAGAUGAAGGCCACACUGCGUAAUCGCGAGGAGUCCCUUGGUGAGGCCAGCAAGCUGCAGCAGUUCCUGCGCGAGCUGGAUGACUUCCAGUCGUGGCUGUCGCGCACACAGACAGCCGUCGCCUCGGAGGAGACGCCCAACACGCUGGCCGAGGCAGAGAAGCUGCUAGCGCAGCACGAGGGCAUCAAGAACGAGAUCCGCAACUACGAGGAGGACUACCAGAAGAUGCGCGACAUGGGCGAGAUGGUGACCCAGGGCCAGACCGAUGCCCAGUACAUGUUCCUGAGGCAGCGGCUACAGGCCCUGGACACGGGCUGGAAUGAGCUGCACAAGAUGUGGGAGAACCGGCAGAACCUGCUGUUCCAGUCCCACGCCUACCAGCUGUUUCUCAGGGACACCACGCAGGCCGAGGCCUUCCUCAACAACCAGGAGUACAUGCUGGCCCAUACAGAGAUGGCCACUACGCUUGAGGGGGCCGAAGGAGCCAUCAAGCAGCAGGAGGACUUCAUGACCACCAUGGACGCCAACGAAGAGAAGAUAAACGGUGUGGUGGAGGCUGGCAGGCGGCUGGCGAGUGAUGGCAACAUCAACGCCGACCGCAUCCAGGAGAGAGCGACGUCUGUUGACGACAGGCAUAAGAAGAACCGCGAAGCUGCUCUGGAGCUACUGAUGAGGCUGAAGGAUAACCGGGACCUUCAAAAGUUCCUACAGGAUUGCCAGGAGCUGUCCCUGUGGAUCAAUGAGAAGAUGCUCACGGCCCAGGACAUGUCGUACGACGAGGCCAGGAACCUCCACAGCAAAUGGCUCAAGCAUCAGGCCUUCAUGGCCGAGCUGCAGUCCAACAAGGAGUGGCUGGACAAAAUUGAGAAGGAUGGGAUGCAGCUGGUGUUGGAGAAGCCUGAGACAGAGUCGGUGGUCAAGGAGAAGCUCUCAGCCCUCCAGAAGAUGUGGGAAGUGUUGGAGUCCACCACCCAGACCAAAGCCCAGUGCCUGUUUGACGCCAACAAGGCCGAGCUGUUCACACAGAGCUGUGCUGACUUGGACAAGUGGCUGGGUGGCCUGGAGGGCCAGAUUCAAUCGGAUGACUAUGGCAAAGACCUGACCAGCGUCAACAUCCUGCUCAAGAAGCAGCAGAUAUUGGAGAACCAGGUGGAGGUCCGUCAGAGGGAGGUGGUGCAGCUGCAGAGCCAGGCACUGGUCCUCAGCCAGGAAGGGAAUGUCACAGAGGAGGUGGAUUGCCAGAGACAGAUGGUGGAGCACAAGUUCAAAGAGCUGCUCGACCCGCUGAGGAAGAGAAAGAACUUCCUGGUGGCCUCCCGCGAGAUCCACCAGUUCAACCGCGACGUGGAGGACGAGAUACUUUGGGUCGAAGAGAGGAUGCCAAUUGCAACCUCCACAGAGCAUGGUCACAACCUACAGACCGUUCAACUGCUUAUCAAGAAAAAUCAGACUUUGCAGAAGGAGAUUCAGGGACACCAGCCCCGCUUCGAUGACAUUUUCGAGCGGAGCGAGAGCCUGCUGAUGGAGGACAGCCUUGCCGUGGAGGCCAUUCGCCAGCACCUGGCCGACCUGCAACAGCUGUGGGGUCUGAUGAUUGAGGAGACAGAGAAGCGUCACGCCCGACUGGAGCAGUCCCACAACGCCCAAAAGUACUACUUUGAUGCCGCCGAGGCUGAGGCCUGGAUGAGCGAGCAAGAGUUGUACAUGAUGUCUGAGGAGAAGGCCAAGGAUGAGCAGAGCUCUGUAGCCAUGCUGAAGAAGCACCAGAUUGUGGAACAGUCGGUGGAGGACUAUGCUGAGACAGUCCAUCAGCUCUCCAAGACCAGCAGAGGCUUGACAGCUGCAGGACAUCCAGAGAGUGAGAGGAUAGGCAUGCGUCAGUCUCAGGUGGACAAGCUCUAUGCCGGCAUGAAGGACCUGUCUGAGGAGAGGCGGGGCAAACUGGAUGAGAGGUUCCGCCUGUUCCAGCUCAACCGCGAGGUUGACGACUUGGAGCAGUGGAUUGCCGAGCGGGAGGUGGUGGCCGGAUCUCACGAGCUGGGACAGGACUACGAGCAUGUCACUAUGCUCCAGGAGCGCUUCCGGGAGUUUGCCCGCGACACAGGCAACAUCGGCCAGGAGCGUGUAGAUGCCGUCAACCGCCUGUCCGACAAGCUGAUUAAUGCGGGCCACGCAGAUGCCGCCACGGUGGCUGAGUGGAAGGACGGCCUCAACGAGGCCUGGGCUGACCUGCUGGAGCUCAUCGACACGCGCACGCAGAUCCUGGCCGCCUCCUACGAGCUACACAAAUUCUACCACGACGCCAAGGAGAUCCUGGGCCGCAUCCUGGACAAACACAAGAAGCUUCCCGAGGAGUUGGGACGUGACCAGAACACAGUGGAGACAUUGCAGCGGAUGCACACCACCUUCGAGCAUGACAUCCAGGCCCUGGGAACACAGGUGAGGCAGCUGCAGGAGGAUGCCGUCCGCCUCCAGUCGGCCUACGCCGGCGACAAGGCAGACGACAUCCAGCGGAGGGAGAGCGAGGUGCUGGAGGCCUGGAAUACACUGCUGGAGGCCUGCGAUGUCCGCAGAGUCCACCUCCUGGACACGGGCGACAAAUUCCGCUUCUUCAGCAUGGUGCGCGACCUCAUGCUGUGGAUGGAGGACGUCAUCCGUCUCAUCGAAGCCCAGGAGAAUCCAAGGGACGUGUCCUCCGUGGAGUUGUUGAUGAACAACCACCAGGGUAUCAAGGCUGAGAUCGACGCCCGCAAUGACAGCUUCACCGCCUGCAUUGAGUUGGGCAAGUCUCUGCUAGCCAGAAAGCACUAUGCAUCAGAGGAGAUCAAAGAUAAAUUACUACAGCUGAUGGACAAGAGGAAAGACAUGAUUGACAAGUGGGAGGACCGACGGGAGUGGUUAAGACUAAUUUUGGAAGUUCACCAGUUUGGGAGGGAUGCAGGGGUGGCAGAGGCGUGGCUGCUGGGACAGGAACCAUACCUAUUCGGCCGGGAGUUGGGGCAGAGCGUGGACGAAGUGGAGAAACUGAUCAAGAGGCACGAGGCAUUCGAGAAGUCAGCCGCUACUUGGGAGGAGCGCUUCUCAGCGCUGGAGAGGUUGACUACGUUGGAGUUAUUGGAAGUGAGAAGACAGCAAGAGGAAGAAGAGAGAAGGAGAAAACCCCCUUCGCCGGAGCCUUUACCGGUGCAGGACUCACCACUGCAGAGUGGGGUAGAGAACGGAUUGCAGAACGGACUGCCCUCAGACCAAGAUUCUCCACAGAAUGGCUUGGAUAGAGUUGAGAUCAUGAAUGGAGUGGCGGAGCAGAACUCAAAGGACCCGAGCCCCAUUCCCUCACCCACAGCCAGCCGGCAGGGCAAGGGCAGCCUGUCCUCCACGUUGCUGACCCAAAACCACUAUUCGCCUGCGGCUCAGAUGGAGGGCUUCCUGCAUCGCAAGCAUGAAUGGGAGGGACACAACAAGAAGGCCUCAAGCAGAUCCUGGCAUAACGUGUACUGCGUUAUCAACAAUCAGGAAAUGGGCUUCUACAAAGACAACAAGGGUGCUGGUCAAGGCAUCCCCUACCAUAAUGCGAUUCCGAUCAGUCUAAUGGGGGCUGUGUGUGAUGUGGCCAUGGACUACAAAAAAAAGAAGCAUGUCUUCAAACUCAGAGUUGCUGAUGGAAAUGAGUAUCUCUUCCAAGCCAAAGAAGAAGAGGAGAUGAGCACAUGGAUCCAGGCCAUUCUGAAUGCGGGGACACCUGACAAGGUAUCGAUUACGCCCAGCAACCAGAGCACUCCGGCGUCGAGCCGAGCCCAGACCCUGCCCGCCACCGUCACCCUCACCACCGAAUCCAGCCCGGGCAAGCGGGAGAAAGACAAGGAAAAGGACAAGGAGAAGCGAUUCAGCCUCUUUGGCAAGAAAAAACUAUAAAGUUUCUCAGCAAUGAAGACAUUCUGUUUUUUAUUAGUGCAGUAUUGUUUUUUUCUUUACUUCUUUUUAAUUUUGUCUGUCCAGCCACAAUGAUAUUCCUGCUCAACUACACCACAUGCUGUGUUUUAAUGUUCCUUGAAUUGGUUAAAACGAUUGAGACUUGAAAUACAAAUGUAAAUGAAACAUUUGAACUUUGUUAGUGUCAAGGUGUAUCUGGCAGGUUCCAUCAUGAAAUAGAUUUGGUAAUAUCAAAUAUCAUGAGGACCAUUUUAUUUUUUAACCUUAAUUAUUUACUUGUAAAAAUGUGUUUUGUGUGUUUUUGUGCUUUUUCCUUGUCAUUGUGUUUUGUUAAAAUGGGUCUGAGUAUUUAAACAUUUCCUCAAUUUUGUGAGGGUGUCUUCAAGAGGCAGCCUUUUUCUGUUGAAAAGGGAGACAACAUUACUUCAAAAUAAAUCAUUUUUGUGACUGGACAUACACAUAUUGAAUAAAGAAUUUUAUGAAACUUUUCAACAUAAUUUACUAUGAUUCCUACUUGAGUUUAAAUUGAAAACAAACAACCUCGAGAAAAUAUCAGGCUCCAAAAGGGCAUAGCUAGCCAAUAUUAUCAAUAAGCGCAUUUAUUUUUAGGUCAAGAUAAGCCUAAUAAUACACCUGUAAUUGAAACAAGAUGAAUAUCUUUAAAUUAUUCCCUCAUGGAGUAAUGUUUUAUAUACAUCAUGGACCAGUAAUUUUUUUUCCUUUGUUUGUUUACUUUUGUCCCUCUUGAGUUGCAUCAUAAUAUAUGUUUCCAAAUAAUAAUAGUUGGCUACAGGUUAUAAAAUGAGUAUGUAUAACAAACACUUUAAAGCAUUGAUGUUAAAUGGAAAUGUGAAAAUUCAGCAUUUACUGCAAAAAAAGGUUGCUUGCUUGUUGGCUCUAGCAAUGCACAUUAUAAUUUUUGCUAUGUUAUCCUGCUAUUAGAUACAUAGUGUGCAUUUCUUUGUCACUUUAUCUAUUGUAUUGAGAAAAAUAACAUCUUACUGUACAAUCAUAAAUUAUGUAAUAGGAAUGAAAUGCUUUGCAAUGCCUGGGUCUUUGGGCAUAUAUAGAACAUUGACCCGGAUUUCUGAUGUAUGAAACUGCACCUGUAGACUUUUUCUCUCUCUCUCCCUCAAAUAUGUGCGAUGUCAUUAAAAUGCGAUUAAACAUUA